AGGGGCGGGCGGCGGCCACUGGCCGCGGGGAGCCCCUCGACAGUUCCACCUGGUGCCUCCUGGAGCGGGGCGGUGACCGGCACAUCCCGACUCCUUCUUCCUCGGAGCAGCGGGGGUGGAGAGAUAGGGGCUGGGGGAGGUCCUCUCCGCCCCCGUCGGAGGGAGCGGAGUGGAGCGAGGGGAAAGCAUGUGAAAAUUGUGCCUAUUUCUUCAGGUCUGUGGACGUGAGUUUUACAUUGGCGUUAGAGGCAGCAUUUUUGACACACUUUGCAGAGUGGUUAUCUGUCCUUUCCCAAAACACAAUCAAUGUUGGAGUAAUUCGGUGCACAGUUUAUGACCUUGGAUAUGGUGGAAGCUGCAGUGCAAAACUUAGUUUCUGUGGAGAAAACUUCUAAAACUCAAAAGCAGUGUGGUCCUGACAAGCUUCUUCUGGUGUCAGUAACAGACCUUUUACCAUGAGCAAUUCUACUCCAACUACAGAUAAUGAGAAGAAGAAGAGUAAAGGAAACAAAUCGCCAUGUUCCCCUUCGCGUGUCCUUCAUAUUCGUCAAAUUCCAAGUGGUGUUACUGGAGCAGAAGUUGUUUCAUUAGGUCUCCCUUUUGGCAAAGUAACCAAUCUCUUGAUGCUACGAGGAAAAGGACAGGCAUUUUUGGAAAUGGCUUCUGUAGAUGCUGCUGUUUCUAUGGUGAACUACUACACUCCUGCCCCACCUCAUCUCCACAAUCAGACAGUUUAUAUUCAGUAUUCCAAUUACAAGGAACUUCGGACUAACAAUCAACAUCAUCAGGCUAGAUCUCAAGCUGCAUUGCAAGGUGUGAAUGCUGUGCAGCAUGGAAACCUGGGUAUCACAAGUGCUCUUGCUGCUGAAGGUGGGGUCCUUCCGAGUCAUGGUUCUGUUCUUCGAAUCGUUGUUGAAAAUGUUUUUUACCCUGUCACUUUAGACAUCCUGUAUCAGAUUUUCUCUAAAUUUGGCUUUGUCUUGAAGAUUGUCAUGUUCCACAAGAACAAUCAGUUUCAAGUUCUGCUCCAAUUUGCUGAUGCAACGAAUGCAUAUCAUGCCAAAAUGUCUCUGGAUGGCCAUAGUAUCUACAGUGGGUGCUGCACUCUGCGUAUUGAUUUCUCCAAGUUAACCAACCUAACAGUGAAGUACAACAAUGACAAAAGUAGAGAUUUCACUCGUAUUGACCUUCCUUUUGGUGAUGGCCAACGAACCAUAGAAACGUCCUUAUCUACUCCCUUUGCCACCCAAAAUACCAUCUUUCCGUCAUAUACAGGACCUCCUGGGUUUGCCCCAGCCUUAGGCUUUCCUCAGGGAGCAGGUCCUUCUGUUCUGCCUGUUCCUGGAGCACUUGGUCCUCCCACGGUCACCACAUCAGCAGCACCUGGACACAUGAAUGUUCCUGGUGUUCCAGGAAACUCUGUUUUACUAGUCAGCAACCUCAACCCUGAAGCCAUCACACCUUAUGGACUUUUCAUCCUAUUUGGUGUGUAUGGUGAUGUGCAUCGUGUGAAGAUCAUGUUUAAGAAAAGAGGAAUUGCUUUGGUUCAGAUGGCAGAUGCAAGCCAGGCUCAAUUAGCUAUCACCUACUUGAAUGGACAGAGGCUUUAUGGAAGGGUCAUGCAUGCUACUCUUUCAAAAUAUCAGACAAUUCAACUUCCUCGUGAGGGACAAGAGGACAAAGGUCUGACAAAGGACUAUAGCAACAGCCCUUUACAUCGCUUUAAGAAUCCCUGCUCUAAGAACUUCCAAAAUAUCUUUCCUCCAUCUGCCACCCUGCAUCUCUCCAACAUCCCGACUUCUGUCACUGUUGAUGAUUUGAAGAACCUUUUUACAAGUAAAGGAUCUACUGUGAAAGGCUUCAAAUUUUUCCAGAACGAUUGCAAAAUGGCUCUUAUCCAGCUGGGCUCUGUGGAAGAAGCAGUUCAUGCUCUCAUUGAGCUUCACAAUCAUGACUUUGGAGAAAACCAACAUCUCAAAGUUUCCUUCUCAGAAUCUUCAAUCUGAAUUUUCUGUGAAUUUUCCCUUUAAGGCUGCAUAACAGUUUUAGUAAAAUCUUCAAGUAGAGACUGAGGCAGCUGUGACUGCUCUGUCUCUUCAAAGAAAAACCUUAUUCAUACAUAAAGAAUUAAGUGAUGAUUUUUUUCUGAUUUUAGCUGCAAGUAUGUCAUCCAUAGAGUAUUCUGUGAAAUAGUUCUAGCAACAAUAUUUAUCAUCAAAUUUCCUACUUAUAAUUUUAUUUUGAGAACAUCCUUUCAGCUUUUGUUGAAAUCAGCCCUACAAAACAAUUUAGUGCUUUCACAAUGUUCCAAAUGAGUAUGUUUAAUGAAAAGGUAAAUCUACUCUGUGCAGAUUAAACACUAAUUUGAAUGUGAAAUAGUGCUUGGGUUUCUUGAAGAAAAACAAACUGUGACUGUGAGUAUCCUAGAAAUAGUAUUUAUGUUACCAGGGUGUGUGUUCAUACUUUGGCGAAUCUUUACAAAUAACUUGUUUAUAAAAAUAAAAAGUCUGUGCUGUUCUUGUAGAUUAAGUUAUUAGAGAAAAGGCAGUGCCUUCUCUCCGGGGAAUAAAAGGUAUUUGGCAAGUUUCUUCAAGGUGUGGUAUUGGAGAAUUAGAUUGACUUGACUGUUGGUUGGAAGUCUGAUGUCCUAUUUCUACUAUGAAGGGAUGUGUAGCAGUACCUUGGAGAAAAUAAAACAAGAAAAUGGUCUUGAUUUAAAAUAAUUUUUUACAUUUCUCUAAUUAAUUAAAUGUUUGCAAUCUUAUGGAAAAUAUUCAGGUCUAUGAUGGUUUCUCAAGUUUUUAAGAAGUUAUUUUGCUAAGGUCAUCUUUCAGGGCAGAAAAAUUAAAUCUCAAGGUUUUUUACCACUCUGAAGUCUAAUACUUAAAUUACUUGUAUUUACCUAAUUUUUUAUUAUGUGCCUUACUAUGUGUGUAUGAAACAAUAGAUUAGAGUGUUAUCUGAAGAAUCUUGCAAAAAUAUUAUGGGCUUUGUGAAAAUUCUUCUCUUGGUCUUUUGAAAAUCUUUUCCAUGAUACUUCAAGAUAUAUUUUUUCAUUAAUUAAUACUUUGAAUUCUAGUUUAUUGUGCUUUCUUACUGAGAUUGGCUAUAGAUGGGAAUGAGGUUUAAUUUGUUGUGAAAUCACAUAGGGAUUCUUUAAACUUACCUAGUUGCACUUCUCUGCUUGUAGUUCUUCACUGAUAAAAAAUUCAUACCCAGAAAAGAUACACUAAAAAAACAAACAAACCUAUAUAGGAAGGCCAAACAGCAAAUCCAGUUAAUUUUCUGGAGUUCAUCUGACUUUGAGAGACACUGGCUGUAUCAGAAUAUUCUCUUGGGUUUCUGCAUUUCUUUAUUUUUAAUACUCGAAAGUGUUAAAGUAAUAGAAUGCUAUCAUUCUUUCCUUUGUAAGUAUGAAAAAAAUGUUUGAUACUGAAUCUUCAUUUCUCUUUGGGGAAUGAGCUGAGAUGCAGUUAGGUUUUGCCAUGAGUGAACAGAUGAAUACUAAUGACUUCUGAUCAUAUUUUAAAAAGCUGAAUUUAAUUUUAAGCUUUUUUUCCCUAGUGUUUUCUUUCACAUAGAUUAAUUGAAAAUUAAUUUAAUUUUACUUUUCCACAUUUUGAAGAUCGAUUUCUUUCAAGCAUGGAAUAUAUUUACUUCUAACUAUUGCAGAAUUAGUUUCUGCUGUAAUGUUUUGCCACUCAUAACUGUUUUUGUUCAUCUAAAUUGUAUGAUUUUCUUUCUAGAAGAAAGAGUAUGUUUGUACCAUGAUCUAAGUAUUCACUAGUGAACUUUCUCAAAUUUUCCCUCUGAAUUAUUUUUUGCAAAAAUCAGUCUAAUAGUAGCUUGCCAGAUACUAUCUUGAUGUACGUAAAUUGGUUACAGGUGUAGUGUCAAGGAAACUUCCCAGUCCGACCAUCCAGGAGCCACUCUGGUGGUCACUCUUGCACCACCUGAGUUGGGGCUGAGGUGCCUUCCCAGCUACAGCCCCUACAUUCCCACUGUCAGAGCAGGUUUCCUCACUGGCUGGACCCCAGUUUCCUAUAGCAGAGUCUCAGUCUCCUGAUCCUUAAAAUAAUUUCAUCACACUGCAGUAACAAACAAACAGCUCGAGCUGGUCCCUCUCAGGAGGGACCUGGAACAAAGGAACCCCUGGGCUUUUAUCCCCUCACCAGUCUAGGCAGGGGAAGGUCUGGGGCCAUCGGCUCCUGCCGCGUCUCAGCAUCCGCUCCCCUGGCUGGGCCACGGGUCCCCGGGCCCCUGUUGUGCCGAGGGUCGGCUCUCCACGGCCUCUGUGCCUGAGCUCCACCAGCCAGAGCUCAGCCUGCAGCUCCCACUGCAGCUGCACCCCGAGCUACCUCCGUGACCAUGUUCCUUAACAGUAGCAGCCAGUCUGACUGCACAGAUGUAGCUAUAAUAAGUGCUGUACAACACAACUAGACAAAUAUGCAGAAUGUACUAUGUACUGCAAAGUUCAACUGGCUUGGGAAUAAUAUUCCCUUAAGGGAUGUUAUCUUUUGGAUAUCACAGAAUCAUGGAAUGGUCCACCACUCAGUCUGUCCAGGUCCUUCUGGAUGGUAUCCUUUCCAUCCAGGUGUGUUGACUGAACAACACAGCUUGGUGUUGUCAGUGAACUUGCAGAGGGCACAGUUGAUUCCACUGUCCAUGUCACCAACAAGGAUGUUUAUGAGCUACCAGUCCUUAUCCUUACAGAACCCUGCUCAUUAUUGGUCUCCACGUGGACAUCAAGCUGUUGACCACAAGUCUUUGAAUGUGGCCAUCCAGCUAGAGGUCCACCCAUCAAAUCCAUGUCUCCAGUUGAGACACAAGGAAGUUUUGUGGUUAGACAAAGAAGUGUUGUGCAAAGUCAUACAUUGCACAAGUCCUGAUAGAUGACAUCAGUUGCUCUCUUCUUAACCCCCAUUGCUGUAACUCUGUUGUAGAAGGCCAUUAAAUCUGUGAGGCAUGAUUUGCCUUCAGUGAAGCCAUCUACUUCAUAAUCUUACUGGGAGCCAAGGUGGGACUUCCAGACUUACAGUUCCCUAGGUCUUUCUUAUUUGCCUUUUUACAAAUGUAGGCUAUAUUUCCUCUUUUCAAGUGAAGCUUUAGCUUUCACAGUUUCAUAAACUUGUGCUGCUCAGAAAACCUCCUUUCCUCCCAGGCUACUUGUUGUUACAUCCAUCCUCUGUAGCCUUUCUUUUAGUGUUUGAGUCCAUCCAGGAGUUCCUUUUUCAUCUAAGGCCAUCCUGGCAUUUUUGCCUGAUUUCCUCUUUGUUGAGAUAAUCACUACUGAGCUUGGAGAAGGUGAUCCUUGAAUACCAACCAGCUUUGUUGGUCCCUCUUCCCUCCAGGGUUUUAUUCCAUGGUACUUCUAUGAGGCAGAUUCCUGAGGAGACCAAAGUCUGCUGUCCUGAAGUUUAUGGUAAUGAGCUUUCUGUGAACUUUCCUUGCUGCCCUGAGGAUCUCAGACUUCAUUUUGUGGUCCUUGCGUCUGCCCUCGAGUUUCACAUUCCCCACCAGCCCCUCCUAGUUGGGAGAAGAAGGUCCAGCAUAGUACCUCUUCUCCUUGCCUCCUCUUAUCACUUGAAGAAGGAAGUUAUCAUCAGUGCAUUCCAGGAAGCUUCUGGAUUGUUUAUGUGCUGCUGUGUUGACAGAUAUUAGGGUGGUUGAAAUUCCCCAUGAGGAGCAAGGUUUGUGUAUGUGAGGCUGCUCCUUUCUGUUUGUAAGGGGAUUCAUCUUUUCUGUCUUCCUGGUCAGACAAUCUGUAGCAGCCCCCACUAUAAAGUCACCUCUCCCUUGCCUGCCUUUAAUGACAGACCCAUUAAGUCUCUGUCAGCUUCAUCCACUCACAGGUAAAGCUGUAUGAUCUCCAGCUGGUCACUGACAUAGAGGGCAACACCACCUCCUUGUCUACCCUUCCAGUCUUUCCUGAAGAGCCUGUAUCCUUCCAUUCCAACUCUCCACUCUUUGGAGCCAUCCCACUAUGUGUCCAUGACGUACCAAUGAAGUCACAGGCAUGCCUACGUCACUAACUGUUCUUUGCUAUUACAUAGAGACUUUGGAUUUGAGACCCUAAUGAAGCUGACUUACUGGCUGGAGUAGCUGGAAAUCCUUUGUGUUGUUCUGGUGCUUUUCUGCUGACCUGUGAUCUCUCUUCAGGCGCUGGGCAUCUCUUGCUGGCACUGGCACCAAAUUGAUAGGAGUGGGAUGGACUGAGGUUUCCUUCCCCCUGGCAUCUUUAGUUUAAAGCCCUUCUCACCUUGGCAAAGUGAGAAAUUUAGUUGAAAGCCCUUCAGCAUGGCAAGCCUGUGGCAGAAGAUGCUCUUCCCCUUUUCUGACAGAUGGACCCCAUCAGCCCUCAGUAGACCCAGUUUCUGAAAGCAAGUCCCAUGGUCAAAGCAGCCAAACCCUUGGCUGGAACACAGUCCCAGAAGCAUUUGUUGAUUCACUAGAUUUGGCUGGCCUUUUCAAACACCCUUCCUUUGACUCUGAUCAUUGAUGAGAAGACUGCCUGCACAAUCUUAAAGAUUUUUAACUUAGGAAAAAUCUUUAAGUGGGUAUUUAUUAUGUUUGCUUUUUGGUGUUGUGAUACAAGUGUCAUGUAUGUUUUUUGAUUUACCUUUAUUGUUCUAUUUUUGUAACCAAAUUAUUCUUGUCAACAUGCUUUCAGAUUUGUGCAUAUCUGAAAGAUGCUGCCUCUUAGGAAGAUCUUCUUUCACAAGAUAUGCAGAUAAGCUUUGAAACAUGACAGUACCUCUUAACAUUUGCUCAGCAGCAUAAGACACUAGUUAAGGCUACUUUUUCCCCUUUAGUGUUCCAAUUUGAAUAAUUGAAAAUACAAACAUAACACCUUAGUUAUUACAGUACAUUGUUAGUGAAGAAUUGUGGCUGAAGGAAUAUUUUUUUAUACUUUGUGCUUCACACAUUAGUGCCUGGUGAAAAAGUACAGUUGCAUCUCAGUUCUUUAUUCCCUAAAGCCUAUGAUAGCAGAUCCCUUGAUACCUGUGAAAAGAGCAAAAUUUGGGAAUGAUACUAUUCUACAGAGUCUUACGGUGAUGUUAAUGGAAAGGAACCUCCAAAGGCCUUAGUCCUACCUUUCAGUCAGAUUAUAGAAAACUUUAAGCAGUUACUCUAAGAAUUGUCCAUGUAAAUUAAAAAAAAAAAAUAAAAAUUGAAUGAAUUCACUGUUCUUUGGCAAUCCUCACUGUGAAUUUGCUUCCUUACUAUGUAACUAGGCUUUAAACAUACUGCAUUCUAUGUCUUUGCCUUUUUCCCUGUUAAAUGUGUAACUGUGAAGAGGAUUCUGGCUUCAUCUUCUCUCUACUGUGGCCUUAAGUUGUUAAAGAUAGGUUUAUAAUUUCUUUGACAUAUAUUCUUAAUUUCUGUUUGUGAAGUAUCUGGUAAUGUGCACAAUGUAAAUUGGAAUUUGGGCACGUGGUGUGAUUCUUUGGGACUGUCUUGUGCAGGGCCAGGGGUUGGACUGUAUUAUCCUUGUGGGUCCCUUCCGCUUCUUAAUAUUUUAUGAUUCUGUGACUGUAUGGUUAUGCCUCUGUAUAUGUCAUGUCCUUGCAUCAACUCUGAGUUACCUCCUAGUCCAUUUUUUUUGAUGGACACUUUGUUCAACAUGUAAUAAGGCCUUUUUAACAACCCAGGAGCAGCUAAGUGCCUUUUCAAAUGAUUUGUUGUAUAAUGGUAGAACUUUUGCUUCUUUGAAAUUCUGCAGAACUCUUAAAACAUCAGAAUCAAUUUCUGAAACUUUGACUCAUAAUUUGACUCAGUUGCCUUGUCUGCUGGUCCUGUAAGUUGCACUGGUUUUGUGUACUGAUAAAUUGAGGUCCUUUUUAUUCAGAAGAUAUUCCACGUAUCUGUGGAGACUUGCCUAUCUGUGACAUUUUCUGAUUAUUUGUAUGCCAAGAAAACUUAGUCUUUGUGGAUAGUACUGUCAGUGAAGUCUGUCUGAUCAAUUAUCUUGCCCUUCUCUGAUUUAUGACAGUGGGAAAGUGCUAAGUUGGGUUUUUUUAUAAGAGAUAUAGAGCUACUACUUGCCAUUUUGUGCUGUUAGCUUAUACUUUUGUUUUUCAAAUAAGAGGUCAGCUGCCUACAACAAGCAUUGUUUUGCCUUAACCUUUGGCGCUGAUAUGUUGUUAGCUGGAACAUAGCUACCAGACUUAGUCUUGUUACUGUUGUGCUGAAAUGAUACUAGUCAGAUUGCACAGAAUUUUUUCUUUAAAUUAACUUUAUCUUCUGCCUUCUGAAGUUUGGUUGUUAUAUACAAGAUUGUUUGCCUGCUUUUUUUCAAAGCAAAUCCUAACAGUUAGAGUAUAAAAUUUCUGAAGUAUUGAACUUCAGAGUUUUAUUGAUGGGGGAUGUGAUAUAGGAACAAAAUUGGACCAAAGUUUUUGUGCCUUCAGUAGUUUUAUAUGUAGGGUUUUUCAUAUCUGUAGGUGUCUUAAGUAUAAUAAACACAUUUUUCCCCUCUGGAAAAUGUAUAUUUAUAUUGUGAAAAAUUAAUAUUGUCUACUGACUAUACAAGAAGUGAACUACAGCUGUUUCAAUACAGAUUUAGUUAUUCUACUGUCUUUCCCAUUACAGUUUUUUCUUUUGUACUGCAAUAUGUAGGAAUCCAAGCAUAACUCGUGUUAUUUCCAACUUCACAUAAUGACAUUGUGCUUGGAGCAGUCCCAAAGAAAUUAAAUGCUUACAUAAUUGAAGGUACUUGAUAAAUGAAGAAAGCUUUUACUUUAGCAGGUUAAUGUCAUCACUGUAAGCAGAUUUUCAGUUCUUGGGAGCUCUGCUUUAUUUAUGAAUGGGAAGCUACCACACAUAAAUGUGAUUUGAAGCACUUUUCAAUUCUUCUUGAAUAUGUCACCCACUUUGUGCAGAAGUUUACCACAGAACUGCAGCAGCACAAAAAUCUGCUAACCAAGCAGAUUUUUGCAUCAGAAUGUCACUUCACUCUCUGACCAAAGACUGUUCUGGUUUUACUGAGAUGUAUGAAAACCUGUUUUCUCUCACACUCUUUUCUGAUGGGAAGACCCAAUGCAAAGUUUGAGGCCUCUGUUUGAGACUAUUACUGGUGAUAGAAACAGUGGGAAAUGAUAUAGUAAUGUGAACCAAAUGGUGUGAGAGAAGGCAAAAAGUUAGUAUGUUGCUUUUAGUACUGUACUCAACACAGUAAGCAUCUCUAAAAAUUGCUGUCAUUCCCUCAUUUCACGUGAUCUGUUCAUAAAAGUAUACUUUCAGUUUAUAACAUGUUCCUCUAACACAAGAAAAUACUGUAAAUAUUUGUAACAUCAUGUUUUGUUUUGUUUUUGUUUUUUUUAAAUCUGGCAAAAGAGUGCUUGGGGAAACAAAUGGAAAUGUAAAAUGUUUUUAUAUAAAAAGAUUGUCUGUAUAUUUUAAUAAGCAAAAGCUUUCAUUUGUAAAGCAUCUUGUGGCAUUGCAUGAAAAGUAUUCCCUAUCUGUGGAGAUUACUUAAAACUGAAAGAAGAUAUAAGAUGUAUUAAAGAAACCUAUUUUGUGACUGUGUAGUGCAUGAUGAAUUUGAUUUUGUUUGUGCAGUAAUAUAUUCUGGUUUUUUAGGUUAGUGUGUUUUCUGAUUAUGUGAUAUCUAUACCUAACUAAUUUCCUAACUCUACUUGUUGUAGCAUGUCUUUUAAUAAAUGUAAUUUUGGCUGUACUCUCUGAAA